UUCCGUAGCUAACUCGGUAGCCAUGUUUAAGAUAACAUUCAUUUCUAUUUUUAAACCAUCGGAAAUGAAAGUGCUCAGUUCAAUAUAGGAGGAAUAAAAAUGAAAUAUGCCAAAAUCAAUCGGGAUUUGUUCGUGUCCUUGUGCAAACAAAGACACAAUAGCGGAUCUUCUUUUGUGUGCUCCAUGUCCUCCGCCCAUAUUGUCAUAUGGGGAUUUCCGUGACCAUGCACUUAGUGGAGGUUUACAGAUUCACUCAGUUUGUGUAAUUGCUAAACGGUGUAACAUUUAUGGAAUUGAUAAAAAUGACUGCCCACCAGAAAUCGCAUUGGCUGUGUUUCCUUUUGUAUUACUCGGUGUUUUAUUUGGAUUGUUAUUAUUGUUUCUUUUUAUUUUUUUUAUAUGGAGGAAACGUCGACAGAGAACGCAGAGGUUUGAUGUAGUUGGACAUGAUGUUGAAUUAAGUGAAGCAUUAAAUAAAGACAAGUAUGUGAUGUCCCCUCAGGAGCAUGCUAGUGAAAACAUUGAACACUCUGCUAGACUAAGUGCAAACGUUGAGCACUCUGAAAGUGAAGACGUUGAAUCGGACGAAGAAGUAUAUUACCCUGCAGAGGAAGAAAUAUCUUCUGUAAAGGUCCAAUCCACAAGUGCAAUACAAACUGACUCUACAGAUUUUCCAAAACAUUCAAGUCAGUUCGAUAAAUCAAAUCGAAUAUCCCCUGAGAAAACAAUACCAAAGUUAAUAUCAACUAACCAAAAGCAUUUUGCAAAUAGUGAUCCAUCAGAAUCGACUGGCAUUAAAUAUUCAGAUGACAAUGACAGCAGUUUAGGAGAUGAUGACGAAGACAUUCCAUUUAUUGACUGUGAAAAUGUAGAUUGUGCAGGGCAAAGCUAGCACAGGAUUCUCUCACAUAAAUCUCACAUUAACAUACCACGUGUUCACUGUAUUUCCCAUGAUUUCAUUGUAAGCAUCAGCUUUUAGAAAUAACAUAUUUACGUUAUAAUUACAUUUUUGUGUGUUAUAAACGUUCCGUUGAGCCUUAAAGUAGAUGUAAUGUAUUUUGGUUGAUGAAAUGGCUGUGAAAAUCGUAUUUACAUUAAUGAUGUUAUCAGGAAAAUAUAUUUGUUUUACUUUUGUAAAAUACAUAAGUAGGUGAUGCAUUAGUGGGUGAGGUUAUAUUUUUAUGCAGUUUUAGUAAACAUUUAGUAAUCAUAUGCUAACUCUUUAUCAUUGAUUGACCCUAUAAUUGUGUUAUUUAUUAUUUGAUAUUGCUAGUCAUGAUAUAUUUAAAACAAUUUUAAAAUUUACAAUAAAUAUUAAUAUGUAAACUGGCUUCCUGAUUCUGUAUACUUUUUAAUGAAAUCCGAGGUACCAUGUAAUGCAGGCAUCAUUUUCUCAGCAAUUGCAACAGCAAAAGUUCGGGAUUUUUACGGAUAAAUGUACAUACUAGUUUCAGAAAAACAAACUUUUAAAACUUUUGCAAUUAUUUCUAGGUUGACCUCCAUAUAAGGGUAUAUUGACUAGA